AUGAACAAGCACAUGUAUAGACACUGUCCCUACAAUUUCCUGCAUAUAUUUAGAGGAGAAGACAUGGAACAACACAUAAUCACUUGUCCUGACAAAAAAGAACCCGAUGUUCCCAUCUAAUUAGAGCAGAACAAUACAGAAAUCCAGUAUCUGUAAGGAGAUCCUAACUGGGGAUUGAAAAAUCCAAAUAACAUGGCAAUUGAGAUGCCAAUUAACAAUAAUUAAGUUCAAUAGGAUAAUUGCCUUAUAGAUUAAUUCAAUAAUCUUAAGUUGCAGAGACAGGAUGAUAUCUGGGAUCAAUUAUGGAAACACCAAAAUAAUAAUGAAGAUGAUUUUGAUAUGGUAUAAUGA